GCAGUGAGGGGAACCCCCCACCUCACUUAUAUCUGCCCUGAGCUCACAAGUGCUCCCCACACCCCCACCAUGGACGACGUCGUGUAUGGCAACAUGGGCAGAGGACUCUGGGAGGACCCCACAGUCUCCAGGCAGAAAUGCAGGAGUCCAGCCCCCGGUCCCUGUGCAGAAGGCACCUCAGGGCCCCGGCAAUGCUGGGGACGCAGAACCGUCCUGGUAGCCCUGGGUCUCUCGGCCACCGCAGUCCUGUGUGUCAUCAUUCUGAGCGUCCUGCUGGCGAGGGUCAGCCAGAGUCUGACCAGUACGAGGAAAGACCUCAAGGACUUCCGCGCUGAGCUGUCCCUGGCGACUGGGCUUCAGAACCGCUCCUGCCAGCUGUGUUCUACAUGGUGGCUGCCCGCCCAGGGCUCUUGCUACUUCUUCUCCCAGGCACAAGCCACGUGGGCUGAGGCCCAGCUUCUCUGCUUGGCAUCUGGCGCUCACCUGGUGGUUGUGGGGGACCCGGAAGAGCAGAAUUUUCUGGAGAGAAAUAAUGAGAACCGCACCUCCUGGCUGGGUCUCAGGGGAAUCCGGCAGUUGGGCAAGAUUCAGCGUUACCUGUGGGUAGAUGACUCCCAGCUAAUCUUCAGCUACUGGAACCAGGGGGAACCCAAUGAUGAAAAAGGAGUUGAAGAUUGUGUUUUGAUGCUAAGUACCAACCUGUGGAAUGACGCCCCUUGUGACAAGAGCUACAGCUGGAUCUGUGAGAAGAAGCCAAAAUGCUGACCCAGCUCCCUGCAGCUGGUGGCCUCUGGUCACUGCCUGCCAUCCCCUGCACCUACCCACCUCCAGGAAGAAGCCCCCACCCUGCCCCACUUGGGCUACCUAGCCCAGCCCUGCCUAGCACCUGAGCUCUGGACUUCUGCACCCCUCUUCAGAGACUUCCCUGACUUGCCCAUACUCACCUCAUAUCCCUGCUUGUGGGUCUGUGCACUGACACCAGUUUCCAAUCAUAUGUAUACAGUGGAUUUAUUUUAUUUUUAUUAAUGAUUUCACAACGAUGAACAAGACAGUGGUAUAGCAGGGGUACAAUUCUAUGUAAUUCCUACCACCAGGACUCCUUAUCCCAUCCUCUCCAUCGGAAGCUUCCCUAUUCUUUUUUUUUUUUUUUUAGAUUUUUAUUUAUUUAUUCCCUUUUGUUGCCCUUUUUGUUUUAUUAUUGUUGUUGUUAUUGCUGUCGCUGUUGUUGGAUAAGACAGAGAGAAAUGGAGAGAGGAGGGGAAGACAGAGAGGGGGAGGAGAGAAAGAGAGACACCUGCAGACCUGCUUUACGGAUUGUGAAGCAACCCCCCUGCAGGUGGGGAGACGGGGGCUCGAACCGGGGUCCUUACGCCAGUCCUUGAGCUUUGUGCCACGUGUGCUUAACCCGUUGUGCUACCGCCCGACUCCCCAGCUUCCCUAUUCUUUAUCCCUCUGGGAGUAUGGACCAAAGAUCUUUUUGGGGUGCAGAAGGUGGGAAGUCUGUCUUCUGUAAUGGUUUCUCGACUGGACAUGGACAUUGGCAGGUGGAUCCAUACCCUCAGCCUGUUUCUAUCUUUCCCUAGUGGGGCAGGGCUCUGGGGAGGUGAGGUUCCAGGACAUAUUGGUGAGGUUGUCUGCCCAGGGAAGUCAGGUUGGCGUCAUGGUAACAUCUGCAACUUGGUGACUACAGUGGACUAUUAUGUAGUUAUAAAAAGAUGAGACCUUUUCAUUUGUGACAGAACAGAAUGAGAGCAUGCAUAGGAAGGAAAAGGCUAUAUAUAUAUAUAUAUAUAUAUAUAUAUAUAUAUAUAUUUACCCAAACACUGCUUAGCUCUGGCUAAUGGUGGUUCAAGGGAUUGAACUUGAGACUUUGGAGCCUCAGGC